UUUUCUUUUGAAUACACAUGUAUGCAUAAAUACAGGCAUUGGGUGUAAUGAAGGUGCUGAUAUCGUUUGACAAUUAAAAGGAAAGACUGAAGAUGUAUAGUCUAGUCGUUGUAAUGGCUUUAACAGGAACUAUUUCCUUUGUUGUUGGACAAAAUGCACCUGUGUUUGAUGCAAACAAUGAUGGUGACUUAAGGAGCCGUCUGAGUCAGGGGAUUGUUGAGGGAACAACAGUUGGGACAUACAUAGGUCGCCUGAAGGCUUUUGUUCCAGGCAGUCCUAAUACAGUGGUACAGUUUAGAGGUAUCAGUACAACUUUAGCUGUCACACUGGAUGGUACUGUCACCCUCAGUAGAGAACUGGACAGAGAGGAAACCUCUCAGGGAGGUAAUGAUUUACAAGCAAAAUGGUCGGCAUAUUAUACAAACAAUAAUGAAAUCAUAGAAACCCAAUCCACGGUAACAGUCACAGUAAUAGAUACAAAUGACAACAAUCCAGAAUUCCAGAAUGUACCUUAUUCAGCUCAAAUUCCUGAGGAUACAGCUGUUGGGAACACAGUGUUCAGUGGAAUUAGGAUAUUAGAUAGUGAUAUCGGUAUCCAUGCUGAGGUUGAAUUAACAUGUUUUGUCGAUCCUACCGAUAGUCAGACUGUGGAAGCUUGUGAGUACUUCAAUUUGACAACUCAGCAGCUGGGACAAGGUUUAUACAGUGGAGCGGUCAUUUUGAAGAAACCAUUGGAUUAUGAAUUCAGGAAGGGGUUUACCAUGACUAUACAAGCUAAAGACAAUUAUAAACAGAUAGGAGGGGCUCCAUCUUUGAUGACAACUGUCAAUGUUUUGUUGGAGAUAGAAGAUCAACAGGACACGCCCCCUCUGUUUAUGGAAACACCCAUUACAAUAUUUGUUAUAGAAAAUCUAAGUGUUGGUACACCUGUUGCAACUGUGACUGCUAAAGAUGGAGAUGAAGGAUCUCCUAGACCAAUCAAAAUCGUUAACAAAGAUCCAAACCAGUUGUUUAAAGUGGGGGAUGCUGUGAAAAAAGCUGAAAACACCUGGGUGUCUCAAGUAUUAAUAAACAAUCCUAUCGACAGAGAAGUUCUACAGGCUCGGUACCAGUUUGAUAUUCAGGCUAUAGAAAUAGAAUUAAACGGUACAGAAACCAAUCAGCGAACAGAUACCACCAUCACUGUCAAUAUACAAGAUAUGGACGACAACCAACCAGAGUUUGAAUUCUCCAGUUAUACUGUUAAUGUCACUGAAAUGGGUUCACAGACAUCAGGGGCAUCAACUCUUCCCGGACUGACAAUGAAAGUUACUGACCCUGAUGAUGCAAGCUUUGCAGGAUUUAAUAUCACGAUUACAAACGCAUUUCCAUUUAAAAACAACUUUUUGGUAUCACCUGACAAUGGAGUAGGGUCAGCCUUGAUAAGUUUGACGAUAGUAAAUCCUUCUUUACUAGAUUAUGAGGUUGUAGACAACCGUAUACAGACAGUUACGGUUGUUGCCAUGGAUAAAAACAAUGCCACAAGAUUUAGUAUAACCGUGGUAACCAUUAAUAUACUUGAUGCCAAUGAUAACUAUCCAGAGUUCUCACAAGCAGGUUACUUUUUCUCGGCCAGAGAAGAUUUGGCAGUUGGCCAGCCUAUAGGUAGUGUAACAGGAACAGAUCGAGACAGUGGUUUGAAUGCAGCAUUGAGAUACAGUUUAUCAGGCACUGGAGCUGAUGUCUUUAAUGUAAAUGCUGCCACUGGAAGCAUUACUUUGGCCAAACCACUAGAUUUUGAAGUGACCCCUCGAUAUGAACUACUAUAUAUAGCAGUCGAUCAAGGAGCCUCACCACGACAGAAAAGUGUACCAUUAUCUAUACAGAUCAUUAACUAUAAUGACUUUGGACCCGUGUUUAAUCCGCCCACUUACACAACAUCUAUCAGAGAAACAGACUUAUCGCUUUUAAUACCAGUCACUGUCCAGGCCACGGACAAAGAAUCAUUAAACAAUAUAACAUACAGAAUCAUAGCUGGGAACACGCCACCACCGGCAGCCUUUAUACUGGGACUGAACUCAGGUGUUUUGUCUGUCACUAGAACUAUCAACUAUAAUGAAACUCCUAACAAUCAAGGAUUCUUUGUACUAACAGUAGAAGCCACUGAUGCUGAUCAACCUCCACAGAAGACUAAUACAACAAUUACAGUAUCAAUUAUAGAUGAAAAUAACCAUGAUCCAAUAUUUGCACCAACAGUCUACAGUGGUUCUAUAAGUGAAAUAGCUCCCAGAGACACUCCCAUCACGACUGUAUCAGCAACUGAUGCUGAUUUUGGAUCUAAUGGUAAUAUUAAGUAUUACAUCUGGAGUGGAGGCCAAGAUAACUUUGCUAUUAAUACAGAUAAUGGUGCUAUCACUGUCAGCGGCAGGAAAAAUCUGGAUUAUGACAAUAUUAAAUUAUACAAUGUUACUAUCCAUGCAAGAGAUGAAGGUGGUCCUCCCAGGACAGGGACAGCAUCAGUUUUGGUCACUAUAACAGAUGCUAACAACAAAUUACCAGUAUUUCCAAAACAGGUCUACACAACUAACAUUCAAGAAAGUGUUAGUAUUGGAGCUAUAGUUGACACAGUGACAGCCACGGAUCCAGAUUCUACCAGUAGUCUUGUGUACUCUAUCCUCAGAAGUUCUAUAGUAGCCAGAGAUAGUAAUGGUGCUGUCAUUAAUUCUGUCUUCCCAUUUGAUUACAGGGAUGCUUUUACCAUUAAUAAUAUAACUGGAUUGAUCACAACUGCUUUGAAGUUAAGUCGUGAUGCAGCAGCUACUAUUGACUUCAAUGUGCAGGCACAGGAUAUAAAUGCACAGGAGCCUUCACCUCAAACAGCCACAGCUGAUGUUUUGAUCACAAUACUUGCUGAUGCUUCUGUUGAUCCAUACUUUGCUCCACCAUGGACAGUAAGCAAUCCUAACUACAACUUCAGGAUAUCUGAGGAAACCAAUGUACAGACGAUGUUAACAACAUUGAUUGCUACAGAUCCUGCCAUUACUGAAAAUGUUCAGAACUUUGAGGAAGUACCAGGAUCAGAUAUAGGAGAUUAUUUCAGUGUUGACAGAACUACAGGUCAGAUUCGGAUAAAGAAAAGAUUAGAUUACGAAAGCUUGAAUAACAAAUUUCUAGAAUUAGGAGUGAUUGCCAUUGGUACCCAAGCUCAAGCUACAGCCUCAGUAACAAUACAGGUUACAGAUAUCAAUGAUAAUGCACCACAGUUUCUGACCAGUGAGUAUUCUUUCUCAGUGGAUGAAGAUAGAGUCUAUCCCACCCAGGUUGGUAACAUUUAUGCUUCAGACUUGGACAGUGGAAGUUAUGCCAGUGUUCAGUACUCACUAACAGGUCAGGGAGCUGGUGAUUUCUUGAUGUUUACCAGUAGUAAACAAGAGGGCUUAGUCUUCAUCAGACAAGGUACAAAACUGGACCAUGAAACAAUCCCAGUCUAUAAUCUACAAGUUGUUGCUACUGAUAAUUACCAAGCUGACUCUACAGCAGAGGUCAAACAGACCAACACAGCUGAGUUGACAAUAACUGUACGAGAUGUAAAUGAUAACACUCCAGUUUUCAGUGGUAACUACUCGUUCUUCACAGUAGAGAGUUACGAGGUGGGACGAGUCAUUGGUAUGGUGACAGCUACUGAUGGAGACCGUGGUCUCUUUGGAGAAAUUCUAUACACUUUAGAAGCAAUGGAUGAACCAGAUGAUUUACAGAGAUUUAGUGUACAUCCUGACAAUGGAGCCUUCAGCAGUAAAGCAUCUUUAGAAGGUUUGUCCAGGAGAAGUCCUAUACAUUUCAAAAUAGCAGCUCAAGACCAGGGUUCACCUCCUAGAAUUGGGGUCACCUAUGUUGAAGUAAACAUCACCAGUGGACAGUUGGAUGAUGGAUUACCCUACUGGACUCGUCCAGCACCAGACACAAUACUCCAAAUACAGGAGGGUCAAGACAAUGGAACAGUUAUUUACACAUGUAAAGCUACUGCAGUCACUAAUGGAGCAUCCAUUGAUUACAGUUUUGUGUCCAGUUCUGACCCAGCCAUAGCAUCAUUGUUCUCCAUCAACAGACAAACUUGUGAAAUCAAACUGGAAAAAAUUCCUGAUCGAGAAUUCAGAGAGAUCUAUGAUUUGAUUAUUGUGGCUGAAGAUACACUGAAUUCUACAUUGAGAAGUUCACGUAAACUGACCAUAAGAUUAACUGAUGUGGAUGACGAGAGUCCAUCCUUUAAAAAUUGUCCUGAUAGACAGUAUGCUGAUCCCCCACCAGAACCGGCCACAGUUGUGGAACAGUCACCGCCAGGGACAUUGGUGUUUACAGCUAAGGCCUGUGACAAGGACAGUAACCCACUAUUCAAUGCCUUUAGAUACAAGUUUGAUGUAAAUCCACCUAACUUCACCCACUGUUAUCGAAAUCCAUCUUUGUAUUUCCACGUUGAUGAGUUGUCAGGUCAGGUGACCACAUACAACAACACAAUUGACCGUGAGAGGAAUUGGCCAACUAUAAUUGAUCAUUUCAUUCUCUGUAUCAAAGCUGAGCCAUAUUACAAUGGUCGUAGGAAGAGACAGAUAGAGAAUGUUAACUGGAACUAUGUAAAUACAGACCAGUAUCUUUACUUGAGGGUCACAGUACUGGAUAUCAAUGACCAGGCACCUUAUUUCAACAAUACAGAUACCAUAACAACAGCUGUUUUAAAGUUUCCUACACAGGAUGAUGUAAUACAUUUAAAAGCUGAAGACCAUGAUUCUGAUCUGUACAACAAAAUACGUUUCACUGUCACUUCUACAAUAUUCCCCAGCUUGGGAAGAAAUUUACCAAUAGAUGGAGCUUUCAGUGUUAAUCCCGAGACGGGCAUGAUCAGAGUUGGAAUGCCAGCUUAUAUUGCUUUCACUGAUGGACAUUUCUUGUUAAAUGUCAAAGCAGAGGAUCAGUUAGAUUCUACAAAAAUGAAUUCUACUCAAAUUAAGAUAUUUGUUGCUAAUGAAGCCAGCCAAGUAAGAUUGGUAGGACGAACCAAUGAUCUGUCAGACCCUAGUGCUACCGCAACAAAUCUUCUCAAAAAAUUAAGUGACAGAGGUGGUAAUUCAUUCCAUAUUCAGAGAACUAAGAUCCAGUAUCAUACCACACUAUCUGGUGAGACAGUUCAUGCACAGACAGAUAUAUGUUUUGUGGUAAUUAAGAAUGACAGAGUAUUGGACUCACAGCAAGGAACAGCUGAAAUAUCAUCAUCACCAUAUACAGAUAUCUUAUCUCAGUUUAAAGUGGGUGAUGCAGGGCCUUGUGACCCUCCCACCAGGAAAUCAACAUAUGAUGCCUAUUGGUGGAUAUUGGUAGCCUUUGCUAUUUGUAUGUUUAUAAUUGUCCUGGUUCUAAUUGUGUUAGUGGCGGUUUUCUAUAGAAAUUACAGACAGUAUAUGGAUACAAGAAAACAAUAUUUAAUACAAGAUUGAUAAAUGAGAGAAGAUUGUCUCAGGAAUACUUGUCUAUUUUAUUGUGUAAUUGAGUGCUACUUAUUUGUGAUACAGAACUCAUUAUAAACAACAAGGAUUACUUUAUUGAAAACAGUGCCAUUAACACAACAGAAAGAAGAAGGUAGUCAAUAUUCAAAACAGCAUUUUCAAUUGAUCAAAAACAAUGGAGUGUCAGGGAUCUCCUGCAAUAUCUACUGUGUGAUUUCUGCUUUGUAUUUUGAGGUACACCCAUUUUAGUUAGAUCUUCAUAUAUUUUCAAUUUACAAAAGUUAUAUUGAUGUCAUUGUACUAUAUGGAAGGUGUCCCAUUUAUCUUGAGGACAUUAUGCAAGCAAUAAUCAAAUAAUUUUGAUAUUUUGAUUAAAUUUAUUUUGUUUAUAAACCUGAAUGGUAAAAUCUUGCCAAGUAACCCUAUUACCAUCCAGAACUAAGAAUAAAAGAAAAAUGCUGUAGAAAAUACUUUAUUUUCAGUUAGUUAUAAAUGUUGUCCUUAAUUAUAGAUCUUGUUUGUGUGAGAGUGUAAUAACUAUAAGAUUUACUAGCAAUCCUUUUAUUUUUACGAUUUUGAUAUUUGAUUUAUUACUGUGAUAAGUUAUGUAUCUGUUGAAUGAAACAUGAAAUUGUUACAUUAUGUCAAAACACAAAUGCUUUUGUUGGUGAUCAGAAUUUAAUUGUUUAUAAUUCUUAUAACCCCGAUAGCCAUAGCAAGGGUAUGUGUAUUCUCUAUGUUUAGUACACCUGUUCAUUUAUAAAUUUUUCUUUGCUUCAAUUGUCAGACUACAUCUCCUAGAAAACUAUUUUUCAGCCGAAUUUAAAAAAAAUAACAACAUUGCAUGGUUGUAUUUCUAGUGUUUGGUUUCAUGUAUUAUGUUCAGGUGGUUUUGAAGUCAGAUUUGUAAAUUCUCCUGCACAUUAAAUUUUCUCCCUCCAAACUACAAAAAACUAUAAAACAGCAGAACACCAAAACAUGUGGAAAGUUAUGGAAGGACUGCUUAUUCCCUUUCUUUUUUGGUUGUGAUUUGAUAGUGUAUAUUUUGUCUUGAACGGUUUGUCUUUCAUGUUAAUUGAAUAUCAGUGUAGCAUAAUAAUUUGAAGUUUUAUAUAUACUUAAGAAUUUUAUGUAUUAUAUUUGUACAUGUAUAUGGCUGUAGAUGAUUAUUGUUUUACAUUAUAUUUAUUGUAUUUUGUAUAGAUGUUUUGUACAAACAAACAUUCCAAAUAAAUUAUAUAUUUUAGUA